CUGACUGGUUGAGACUUUACAGUUUAAUUAUUUUGUGAUUAUUGGAUUCAGGGCAAUAGCCCUAAAACUUAAUUAGAGGACAUGCCAUCAUCACAUAGUGUGGAUGAACCGAAACUGAAUGAACGAGCGUCGAAGUAUCAGUGUCCAGCUGAUUUCGUAUCUUUUUCAAAUGACUGUUGCGUGAGUACACAGUUAAAGGAUAUGUCUCCAGAGAGCACAGAAUUAUGGCUCAUUAAAGCACCAGCGAGUUUCGAUCCCAAAUGCCUGUCAGGUUUAAAGCUGCCUUUAUCAAGCCUGAAGAUGGUCCAGUCGUCUGGUACUGCUCCAAAAAUCUACAGCAUCCUAGGCGGAGUCGCAGGUGCUGCUGACCUCCGCCUGAUCACUACUGACCCCAGCAGUCACAACAUGUCUCUGUCAGCCACGCCAUUCGCUGGUGUUCUCAACAUCUCCGAGAACUAUGGAAACUGCAGUGGGAACCAGGGCCCUGUGGCCAUUCCUGCUACCCCAGCUCCAUGCAUCCCAGCAGGCCUGAGGCAGCGCUUCCAACCUUUUGGCAGUGCCACGCCUACUAAGACAUCACUAACCACCACACAGGAGUCUUCACUGUCUUCCCCAGCACCAAAGAAAAUAAAGGUGGAAUCAGGAAUGAGUGAGGAACGAAAGAGAAAGAAGAAAAAGAAAGACAAACACAGGGAAGAUGAGGAAAAUGCAGAGGUAACAGUUAAAGAAGAAGAGAUGUCACAGGAUCACAGCCAAUUACAGGCCUCUGUGCUCUCAGUGGAAGAGGAGACAGAGGAGAAGAGGAAGAAAAAGAAAAAGAAAGACAAACACAGGGAGGAGGAGGAUAAUGCAGAGGUAACAGUUAAAGAAGAAAAAAUGUCACUGGAUCACAGCCAGUUACAGGCCUCUGUGAUCUCAGUGGAAGAGAAGACAGAGGAGAAGAGGAAGAAGAAAAAGAAGAGGAAGAUGAAAGAGAAGGAUAGUGAGGCUGAUCAGAUGACACCAAUGGACUGUGCAAACAUAGAAACCAAAGAAGAGCCAUUGGACAUUGCCAUUAAUGAUGCCCAGAGUUCGGGCAAAAAGAAAAAGAAAAUUAAGAAUGAGUAGCUGUUUGUGGCAUUGUGGUUUUAUUUGUGUUAUGUGCUGUGUCAGAAUAAGACUGUGUGUGAUCCUCUAGACAGAAUUGUGUCUCUGCCUUAUGCUACUUUUGUCUGUUAGUAGCAGAUACAUGGCGCUGCCGCUGAGACAUGGAAACUGACUUAAGUCACUUUCGAUUAAGACUUAAAAUAAAGAACAACAAUCUCCAACAACUAUCUAAUACUAAAAAUACUGGAAUAACUGUAUUUUGAUUUUAUGACUUUUUUUUUAAAUCAGCACUGAGAAAUAUCAGACUUUUGAUUGAAUACCAUCAUCUGCUGUUUGACAAUUUGACA